AUGGAGAGCCGCUGUAGGUCAUCUGUCGUGGACAUCGCUCGUCCAGAUGACGGUGUGCUCCGCAUCAAUGAUGAGGCCAUUCGUCGGAUGAGUGUCGCCAACCCUGACAUUCGCAACAUCAAUCAAGAAGCAAGGAAUGCAACAGAGAACGAGCAGAAUAUGACUCCCCGUCAAGAUUUGAAACUCUAUCCGAAGGCUGUCUUGUUCUCUAUCAUCUUCUCUACUGCAGUCGUCAUGGAAGGUUAUGACCUUUCAGUGAUGAACAGUUUCUAUGCGUUUACUCCCUUCAAGAACUUCUACGGAGACCAACCUGAUCCAGAGGAAGGUGGUAUGCUGGUAUCAGCUAAAUGGCAGACAGGAAUCAGCAAUGGUGUUCAGGUGGGAUCUAUCUUUGGGCUUUACUUGAACGGUAUCAUAUCCGAGGCGAUAGGCUACAAGAAGACAAAGUUCGGCUCACUGGUCCUCAUGAUCGCCUUCGUUUUUAUUCCUUUCUUUGCUCAGAAUCUUCCGACACUGCUUGCAGGAGGAAUCUUACAGGGCAUGCCAUGGGCGUCUUUCAAACCUCGACAACUACUUACGCGGCGGAAAUAUGCCCGGUCGCUUUACGGGCAGCUCUUACCACCUACGUCAACUUGUGUUGGGUUAUGGGCCAGCUUAUCGCCUCCGGCGUCCUGCGCGGCUUUCUUAAUCCCUGUUCCUAUCCUGAUCGGAACAAUCUUCGCUCCCGAGAGCCCAUGGUGGCUUACCCGUAAGGGAAGGUAUGAAGAUGCUAAAAAGUCUCUUCUUGCCUUGACCUUGAGGAAGUCAGACACGCCAUUCAACCCGGACGAGCAAGUUUCCAUGAUGAAAGCCACCACAAAGCUCGAAAAGGCACUGAGCAAGAGCGCCAGCUAUCUUCAAUGCUUCCGAGGCACUGAUGCUCGACGUACAGAGAUUGCUUCAGUCGCCUGGGUCAUUCAAGCCUUUUGUGGAUCCGCUUUCAUGGGAUACUCGACACAAUUAUACGAACGUGCAGGACUUACCAAUGAAAAUUCUUUCAACAUGUCUCUAGGACAAUACGCAAUGGGCGCUGUUGGGACGAUGGGCUCCUAG